AUGGCUAGUUUUGAUAUUCCAACGAUUGAUGUUUCUCCUUUUUUCAGAUCAGAGGAAAAUGAAGAAGGGAAAACGAAGACUAUGGAGCAAAUAGGCGAAGCAUGUGUUAACUAUGGCUUCUUCCAGAUUGCGAAUCAUGGAAUUCCUUUGGACUUGUUGAGCAGAACCAUGGAUAUGUACAAGAUCUUCUCUGCUUGUUCAGAUGAAAACAAACUCUCUCUACCUGAAAAUUAUUUAAAAAGCACACAGAAUUCCGUUGAGACUUAUGAGCACUUGGUGUUUCGUCGUUCAUCUUCUGGCUUCAAUGGCUGCCCCAAAAGUCCACCUCAUUUCAAGCAAGUAUUGGAGGAGAUAGUUUCACAUUUGACAAAGUUUGGAGUUGUGUUGGAGAGCAUCGUAAGCGAGUGUUUGGGCCUCCCUCCUAACUUCCUCGCUAACUACAACAAUGAUCGGUCUCAGGAUGCCUUGAUGGGCCUGCACUACUUUCCAGCGACAGAGGAUGAGAACGUAGGAAAACCAGCACAUGAAGAUCCUGGCUGCAUCACCAUUGUCUACCAGGAUGAAGUUGGAGGCCUUCAGGUGCACAAAGAUGGGCAGUGGAUUCCUAUAGCGCCUUCCAAAGACAAACUAGUAGUUAAUAUUGGUGACGUGAUACAGGUGCUAAGCAACAAUAAAUUCAAGAGUGCAACUCACAGAGUGGUGAACCAAGAGGAAAAAACCGUUACUCAAAUAAACCGUUACUCGUACGCAUAUUUCUAUAACGUGCAAGGGGACAAGUGGGUUGAGCCAUUGCCGCAGUUCACAAAGGAAAUUGGAGAGUCGCCCAAGUACAGAGGAUUUGUCUUCGAAGAAUAUGCACGGUUGAGACACGAGAAACGUGACUCAUCCACUGCCUAG